AUUGCAGUUUGGACAGAUUGGUAUUUGGUGCGGCCAUGAAUGGACUAGGAAUCGGGUUAUCUUCACCGACAGUUCUACAAAUCGCCGCCUUCCCAAGUAGAAGAAACCCUAAAUUCCAUUUCCCUCUCAUUUCAACUUCUGAAUAUUUCUUUCGUAGAUCAUCCUCCAGUACUGUAACCGCUAUCACCGUGGAGGAGAUUCCACCGAAUGCAUUCUGUCGGCAGCGGGAUUCAAAUUGGAGAGGAGGUUUCAGUCUAGGGAUAGACUUGGGAAUGUCACGGACUGGCCUUGCCAUAAGCAAAGGCUUCUCUGUCCGCCCACUUACUACUUUGGACUUGCGGGGGCAGAAGCUGGAGCUCAAAAUCCUUGACAUUGCAGAGCAACAAGAAGUUGAUGAAUUUAUAGUGGGGAUUCCAAAGUCUUGUGAUGGGAAGGAGACUCAACAGUCUAAUAAGGUUCGAAGUGUUGCUGGAAGGCUUGCAGUUAGGGCAGCUGAGAGGGGAUGGAGAGUGUAUUUGCAAGAUGAAUAUGGGACAUCAUUAGAUGCUAUGGAUCAUAUGCUUAACCUGGGCAUUCGCAAGUCUGUUCGACAAGGAAGCCAAGAUGCAUAUGCUGCAGUGAUGGUGCUCGAGAGAUACUUCUCAGUAUCAGGUGAGAGUUUAGAACUUGUAGUUCCUAAGCAGUUGGAACUCCAGGAAAACCUAAAAUCAUGGGCGGACAGGCAAGCUAAACAAACAGGAUUAUUUUCAGAGGAUUUUUAAACUUCUUAAAAAUGUGUAGUAGAUAUAUAUGUUUUAUUCUUUUAAAAAUGUUAUUAGAAGAAAUCGAAUAUGAGAUAUUUGAUUUUUGUUAUGAUACUUUUGAAAGUACUUUUAUAAAGGGAUCAUUCUAAACCUGA